AUGGUGCUUACUCCGGAUGCAGUUGUCAUGGAGAUGGAAAGCAGCUCAGCGUCCACUGGUGGCACUGUUACCAUGGAAAUCCCUAUCGCAGGACCUGCCACAGUGGAAGGAGCAGAGCGUGUUCAGCACCAUGGACAGCAUAGAGCAGCGUUACAGCACAGAAACUAUCGCAUGCUGAUCCUGAUCGGAGAGAUUUCCACCAGCUAUCACCUUGACGCCGCCAGGAAACAGAUCACACAGGGUUUGCGCUCCUGGAACGUCGAUCUGACUGCUUGUGACCUGAACAAGGAGCUGCAACUGUUUGAGGCCAGACACACUGCUCAGUUUUCUUCCCAGGUCAAAGGCCAGCGGAUUCUUCAGUAUCAGAGUGACGUCCUCGAGACAGUAGUGCUGGUGAACCCAUCAGAGGAGACCGCUGCCUCAGAGAUUCGAUCACUGAUCACUGACUUUGCUGGGAAUAAGUUGCUGAUACUGAGCGGCCAGAGCUCUGAGCAGGGAGGUGACAUCCUACUGCAAAGUGGAGCCUUCACCUGGCAGAACUUCUCUGACAUAAUCUCUAACCCCCAAGUGACUGAACUUCUUUCCAAGGCCUCAUCAGAGCAGCCGUCCAGGCUUACUGUUUCCUGUCAGGGAGACGGGGGCUGGAGCUCCCUGGGCCAAAGCCAGGAGCAGCAGUUACUCCAAAAUCUUUUGGAAUACCGCCUCAACCCUGAACCUCACCUCCCCGACAUGGACGGAGUCACAGAGUUCACCGAGUAUGUCUCGGAGACAGUGGAUGUUCCUUCAUCCUUUGAUCUUCUGGAGCCCCCAACCUCAGGAGGUUUUCUGAAGCUUUCUAAACCCUGCUGCUACAUCUUCCCUGGAGGCAGGGGAGACUCUGCUCUGUUUGCGGUCAACGGAUUUAACAUCCUGGUGGAUGGCGGGUCAGAUCGAAAGUCUUGCUUCUGGAAGCUGGUUCGCCACCUGGACAGGAUUGACUCUGUUCUGCUUACCCACAUUGGUGCAGACAACCUCCCUGGCAUCAAUGGGUUGUUCCAGAGAAAGAUUGCAGAACAAGAAGAGGAGCGUAACCAGGGAUCUGGCUCCAGCAGCAACGGUGAAUGGAUAAAGAACCUUAUCUCCCCUGAGUUGGGGAUUGUGUUUUUCAAUGUCCCAGAGAAGCUUCGGAUGCCUGAGUCCACGCUGAAAGUGAAGCGAAGCAUUGAGGAAGCAUCUCUUACUUUGCAGUACCUCAACAAGCUUGGUAUCACACCAGAGCCUCUUCACAGGGUAGUCAGCAACACCCUUGAACCCAUCACACUAUUCCACAAACUUGGUGUGGGAAAGUUAGACAUGUAUGUCUUAAACCCUGUUAAAGAGAGCAAAGAGAUGCAGUUUCUAAUGCAGAAAUGGGCUGGAAACAGCAAAGCCAAGACAGGGAUUACUAUGGCCAAUGGAAAAGAAGGAGAAAUAUCUGUUCCGUAUUUGACAUCAGUUACCGCUCUUAUUGUUUGGAUUCCUCACCGUCCAACAGAAAAGAUAGUCAGGGUGCUCUUCCCUGGAAAUGCACCACAGAAUAAAAUCUUUGAAGGCCUUGAAAAACUGAAACACCUGGACUUCCUGCGAUACCCAGUAGCUACCCAAAAAGAUAUAUCAUCAGGUGCACCUCCUCCUAUCAUCAAACAGACCAAAAUGAGAUCAAGAACUGACAGCAAGGAAAGUCUCAAGUCUUCACCAAAACCACACUCUAAAACAACAAAGAAAGAAGCCAGUGGGCAGGAGGAUGAGUCCAAGAGUGACAUGAAUAAAGAGAAUAAAGUGGAAAAGACGGAAGAGAAGAAACCCAAAAGUCCAAGUCUAAAAGCCACCAAACAACAGAAAAACAGUGAGGUUGCUCCUGUUGCAGGCAAGUUGGAGAAAAAGAAAGUAUCCAAGGAAAAAACUUCAAAGAACGAGAAAGCGUCCAAGAUGGAUGAAAAGAAAGAUAAAGAGAAAAAAGAAAUUAAGAAGGAAAAACGUGAAGUAAAGAAAGACGAAAAUAAAAAGGAUGUCAAAAAAGAAAGCAAAUCCAAGGAAGACAAAAAGAGGGACCCAAGUAAACCGGAGCUGAGAAAAAUCACUAAACCUGAUCUAAAGCCACUCACCCCUGAAGUGAGAAAAACUCUGCAUAAGGCUAAGACUCAGGUCAAGCCCAAGACAGACAAAAAUAAAGCAGUCAAAGAGAAGGCUAAUGAGAAAAAGCCAGUCCCGAAAAACAUUCCUGAGGAGAUCGCAGCAGCAGCUUUGGCUGACAGAUCUAUUGUCUCUUCCCCAGAGGACCUCACUGAAGACUUUGAGGCUCUGAAAAAAGAAGAGCGGUCCAAAGUCAAGUCUGAGCCGAUCCAGAAUGAUGUGAUGUUUGGGCACUCAAUGUACGCAGAUACUAAAGUUCCUUCCUUAGUUUUUACUGAAGAUAACGUUACAUCCCCAGCCACUGAGAUAAAAUCUGCUUCACCCAAAUCCCCGGUCAAAAAAGAUGAGGACAACAAGGACAAGGACACAUCAAUACAGAUUAAAGCCACUGAGAAGAAGGAAGCAGGCGAUGGCUUUGCCAGUAAGUUUGAAGAGGAAAAAAUUGGGAAAUAUGACAAAUACCCUAUAAAGGUCAGCUCAAGAGACCGAUCAAAGAAGAGUGACAGCUCAGAGGAGGAGGGUGAUGUCAUUGAAAAAGCUGACCUUGAAGGAACGGAAGAUGACGAGGUCCUCAAAUAUAAUACAGAAGAGGCGAAAAAGGAAAAAUCUGGAAAAGAUUGGGACACCAAGCCAACUGAGACAAAACCUUUAUCAACCACAUCCCUAUGUGGACAUUUAGCAGCCUCCGCCUCGGAGCAAUUCUCAUUUAUCCAAGACGAGACUAUCCCCGGCUACUCAGAGACUGAACAGACCAUCUCUGAUGAGGAGAUCCAUGAAGAACCAGAAGAUCGAAUCCCACAGCUGCGUUAUGAUGUGGGGUCCUAUGAUGUGUCUGUCCCUGACGUCCCUGGUACCUUUGACUCCAUGCACGGUAUGAAAGAAAUGAAAUUUUCCACUAUGUCUGACGUCAAACCUAAAGCCUUCCUGGGCGGUCAUGAGCAUGAGCUCGCACCUUACCCUGCCAUUAUUGCAGCUCCUCUUGCAGAAGAAGAGCACAUCUCCUCUGCAACAUCCAUCACAGAAUAUGACAAAUUGUCGUCCUUUGCUACGUCCGUAGCCGAGGACCAGUCGAUAGCCUCUGUGACAGCACCUCAGAAUGAAGAGGCUGGGAGGAACUCUCUCCUGCUGGACACAAUUAACAGUAUCCCCUUACGCGCAGAGGCUGCCCAUGGCAAAGACUAUCUCCACUCAGCAGGAACCAUCUCACCCACCUCCUCUCUGGAGGAUGAUAAGUGCUUUAAGUCUCCUUCCUCUGAUGAGUACCAGCACAACAUUCCUGAAAUGGAAACUGAUGCAAAGAUCAAAUCAGUCCAUGAAGAGGAAGAUGAUGAGGAGGACGAGGAUGAGGACCAGACUCCGAACGUUGACAUCCCUCUGGGUAAACUGCAAGAGGGCUAUGAACAUGCAGCCUUCAAGAUGCUCCAGGAGAAGGAGAAAUCUCCCUCUGCCACUUUUUCUCCUCUUCCUCCUUUCUCCACAAUGCAGUACUCUAACACACAGGCUGUGAAAGAUAACCAGUCCCUUUCUAAAGGAAAACCUGUUUCACCCCCUCCGUCUUUCUCUCCUAGGUUAGAUUUAGAGUCCCACUCCAGACAGGAGAGUGAGGAAAGAUGUUUAAGUCCAGAUGACUCUACCAUGAAACUGGCUUCACCCACACAGUCUGUGCCUACUAGCAGUGGCUACUCUCCUACAGAAGAUAAAUCUUUUAAGACACAAGAAAAAUAUUUUAAAACUGACACCCAGAAAUCAGCCAUUAUCUCAACUGGUGACAAGACAGUGUCAGCAUCUGAAGAGUCUGAAGAUUCUGAAGAAUCACCUGAAGACAAUGAGAAUGAAGAGGACUUUUUCGCGAAAAAGAAUCUACAGCCUGCUGUUAAGGCCAAGAUUAUGGAGGCAAAAGAAGGGUGCUUCUUGGACGACGACUUCGCCUCUGAGGCAAAAUCUGCAAAGACAGAAACUGAAGUCAAGACGCCAGACAAGACACAGGUGGCUUUCAGCACAGAGGUGAAACACAAACCUCAAGUGAUGUACUCUGAUGAAGAUGAGGAUGAAAAUGAUGGUGAUGAGGAUUUCCCACCAAGGAUAGGGCCAGAUAAGUCCUUACCAGCAGAUCAAAGCAAAUUAGACCUAAAAGAUGAAGGUACAGAGAAAACUGAUUCUAAAGAUGCUGAGAAAAGUGUUCAUUUCAGUCUCUACAACUUUCCAGAGAAGGAAAGCAAAGAAAAAGCAGUGUAUAUAAGACAGGACACGCCCUAUGUGCAUGGCAAAACAUUCUCUUAUGGUGACAUUUACGGCUCUAUGGACUCUGAUUCAUAUCACCAGGACUCAUUAGAUAAAGUUGAGAAGGACACUGCAAAUAGUGAAAUAGAUUCCAAGAAACCCCAGGCCCCAUCACCCGUAACAUCUGCGGACAAGAUGUCAGAGAAGGGGGGAUUCACAGAUUCUUGUGGAAAGGAUUCCUCCCCUUCGUGGCUUGACUCCAAGAGCACUUCUGCUAAACCUACAUCUGAAGAGGUAAAAGGAAAGGAGACCUUUGAAUACAACACAGGGAGCCGAUUCCCUUCAGUGGCUGAUAGACCCGAGGCCUCCUCCACAUAUCUAUCAUCAGAAAAAGACGCCUCUUUUAAAAAUCAGACUGACGGCACAAAGCCCCAGACGUACUCCUCAAUGACAGCGUUUGAUACUCAGAAACCUGCCGCCACAGGUUACGUUGAGAAAGGAGCGAGCUUGGAAAUUGAUAUGCGUAAACUAACAGCAAGAGAUGAGGAGGACUAUGAUGAUGAUGAAGUUGUGGAUGAAUACGACGAGGAAUCCGAAGAGGACGAAGACGAGGAGGAUGAAGGCGAAGGUGCUGUUGAUUCUGAUAUUGAGAAAGGUGCCAAAGAGAGAUCUGAAAAGGAAAUAAAGAGUCCAAUCAGUGAAAUGUUUGGCUCAAAUAGACCUGAAUUUAUGGUUACUAUGGCGGGGUAUGGUUAUAACAGCCAGGGGAAGUCUGUAAAGGAAGUAAAGAGUCCAGUCAGUGAAAUGUUUGGGUCAAAUAGGCCUGAAUUUAUGGUUUCUAUGGCAGGGUACGGUUAUAACAGCCAGGGGAAGCCUGAAAAGGAAGUAAAGAGUCCAGUCAGUGAAAUGUUUGGGUCAAAUAGGCCUGAAUUUAUGGUUUCUAUGGCAGGGUAUGGUUAUAAUAGCCAGGGGAAGCCUGAAAAGGAAGUAAAGAGUCCAGUCAGUGAAAUGUUUGGCUCAGAUAAGCCUGAAUUUAUGGUUUCUAUGGCGGGGUAUGGUUAUAACAGCCAGGGAAAGCCGAGCAGCCCCCCUUCACUAACAAAGGUUGAACCCAAGGCUAAGUUGGACUCCUCAUCCUUCAGUGGAAAGCCAAUGGAUUUGGGAGCUACAGGUUUCUCCGGCUACUCCUCAGGGUUUGAGUACUCAUAUGGAAAAGUUGAGAAAGGUAAAGAGGAUCUCACGUUGAAAUCAACAGAGGACAGUUAUUACCAGAGUGACAGGCCUGAUUCUAAUUUUGAGAAACAGAAAUCACCAGACCUUCUGAGCAAGAAGUCACUGGACUCAAACUUCCAGUACACAACAACUGCUGGCCCUGGGUACUCCUCAUCUUCGGCCUACAGCUACUCCUCCUCCACCUCAGGCUCCCUUUCCACCAGCCGCCAGUUCGGAGAGGAGCUGGAGACGCCUGCCGAGCCUCUUUUUGAGUACUCCUCUUUUAAAGAUGAACACUCACUUGCCAUGGAUUCUCCCUUGUCUGGCUCCACUGGUGCUAAAGACGACUAUCUAGAAGUUUCUGAAAAACACAUCACAGCUACAACCACAGCCACCCGUUUCUCACCUCAGAGCCCAUUCGAGGAGGUCAAAUCUUUCCCCUCACAUUCUUCCACUGCCCUAGCAGGGGACAAGAAGGAGCAUGCAGCUUCUUUAGGUGGUGUUAUGGACAAAGGGCCUCAAUCUGACUGUUUCUAUAAGCCUGAAUGGUCUCAAGGGUCAAAGCCAGACACAGCUGUUGGGUUCAAGGCUUCAGCAGGGCCGUUUGCUCAACCUGCAGAACUAUCCAAGGACAGAGAGGCAGCAAGUGCUGCUCUGUUUGGUGUCACUUCCUCCCCACGCCCAGACAUAGAAGGCAAGCAUUACUUUGAGGAAACAGACAGCAGUGAAGAAGAAGAUGAGGACGCGUACAUGCGUGAGAUGACUCGAAGGUCUCCUUCUAGUGGCUCAGCUGGUGGCCUCUCAUUCACAGACAAGCCUGCUCCUCCAGCUCCAGAUGAAAAGACAGCUGGUGCAAUCCCUGAUGUUCUUGGGUCCUACAUGCCCUCACCCUUCCAGGUCAGCAAGCCAGGUACAACAAACGGACCCACAGAGGUCAGCUCGAGCACCACCCUCCCUGCUGGAGCGGCAGCCAGUGUUGCAUCUUCAGGCCCAGCCAAGGUGGAACCCAAAGAUGGAGCUGCAGCUUACAAAAGCCCUUUCGAGUGGGAGAUGUCAAAGCCCCAGAUGGGAAUGGUCCCCGGAGACUCCCCUCCCCAUUACCGACAUGAAGAUGAGUUCGAAGAGGAGUGUGAGAUGGAGCCAGAGCACCCUGUUCGCCCGCUAUCACUCUCUUCAACUGAUCAGCCAUUUCGCUCUCCGUUCUACGCUGAAGAGUGCAGUCGAGGAGGCCAGGAUGAUGAUGAUGAUGAUGACAGUGAUGAAGACCUUGCUGGCGAUGUGCCCAUGGGAGCCACCUCCUCUUAUACCAGCCGCAGCUCCCCCGGAUAUUCUUCCUCUGAGUACAGGCAGGCUAAACAUGACCUCUCACCUUCCUUCAUCAACCCAUGCAUGCGGCAAGUAUCCAGCGAUGAAGAUGAUGAGGAACAUGGCCGCAGAAGUGAUCAAUCGCAGGAGGCCGAGGAAAAUGAUUUGUCGGUCAAGAGACGGGCUCACAAACAGCCCCAGAGUUACCAGUCACACACCAGGGAAGGCAGCUCCCUGCACCAAGCUGGUGCCAUGUCAGCAGGACUGGGUCUGGCCACAGAGGACACACCACCAACCUCUGUCAGCGAGUCUUUAGCCUCUCAGUCAGACUCUGAUGGGCCUCCAGGUACUGAAGAAUACCCCUCAGUCGCCGGUGAAGGCAACAUGGACUCUGAUGAGGAUGCAGACUAUAUGCCUGUUGAUAAAUUAUCGGCCACGGGAGGGGGCAGCCAUCAUUCUUCUAGGAGGAGCACUGACCCUCCUCCUGCUCCCGUCAUGGACCCAUGCCCUCACCCCCCACAUCCAGACGUUUGCAUGGUUGAUCCUGAAACUUUGGAUAAUGGCUUGGUUAAGAAAGAGCCAAAAGUCAAGAGCUUGAAGAAGACUUCGGGAAAAACUAAGUCAGCAUCCCCGGCCAGGCGCAAGAAGUCUCCCAUGCCAGUCAAACAGACGGCAUCUCCUCGCACUGCUUCGCUGAAGAAGAAGGAGUCAGACAAAAGCUCACGUAUGUCCCGCCUGUCUGAUGGACAGGGCUCCAAAGAUGAUGACCUCUCCAGGUCAAGCUACAACCCUGGCAAGAGCCUGACUAAUGGUGUCAAGAGCAGUUCAGGCUCUCAGAAGUCCGGCUCUGCAGCUGCUUCUGGCCUUCCUAUUUAUGUAGACUUAGCCUACAUUCCCAACCACUGCAGUGCCAAGAAUGUGGACCAAGAGUUUUUCAAACGUAUUCGCUCUGCGUACUAUGUGGUGAGCGGGAACGAUUCAGCAAGUGGUGAACCAAGCCGGGGUGUCCUCGAUGCACUGCUUGAUGGCAAAGCUCAGUGGGGUUCAAACCUCCAGGUAACGCUGAUCCCCACCCAUGACACUGAGGUGACCCGUGACUGGUACCAGCAGACUCAUGAGAGGCAGCAGGAGCUCAACAUCAUGGUCCUGGCCUCCAGCAGCACCGUUGUUAUGCAGGACGAGUCUUUCCCCGCCUGCAAGAUUGAGUUUUAAGACCCUGGUUUCCCUCUCUCCCUCUUCCUGGCCUCCCCAGUGUAGAUCUGGUUUUAAUUGCUCUUCUCUAUAGCCUGAUAUGCAAAUCUGCCUCUGCUUUAGGCACUUAACCAAAAGCAGAAACAGAACUGGAUAACUGUCUAUGUUUUUAUAGAUUUGUAUUCAUUUAUAAGCUUGUUGUGGCUAUCACCAUUUGUAUUACAAAGGUAGUUUUCUGACUGUCCUCUACUACAAUAUUAUUAUUUCUCAGGCCUAUGAAUGGGAGAGUUUAUUUCUGUUCCUUAACAUAUCUUUUUACCAAACCCUGUGAGACAAUGAGGUCUUUGUUUAUUGGCUCUGACAAAAUGCCCAUUGUAUUGUAAAAGGAAAAGGAGUAACAUAUAGGAAACAACAUAAAAUAACAAUCUGUUGCUUGUCUUCUAAUUGGCGUCAAUGAAAGCACAAGUUUGCGCACCUUAAAAGUCAGGAACAAAAUAAUUUUCUUUCACUGAAUCCAGAGCCUUUCUCAAUAAAGGUGAUCAAUUUAAUCGAAAGGCAUUAUUACAAGCUACUUGUGAGCAGCUUUCCCUAACUUUUCUCUAUAUUCCCGUUCAGCUAUGUUCUAAAACAAUGGCAGUACCAGUGUUGACUUUGUGCCUCCUGACAUAGUGCGAUAGAACACGUUCAACCUGUCUUUUGAGUAUAUUAGCUGUAGCGUAGGGAAAAGCAUAUUCAAAAAUCUGUAUUGUAGUGAUAUUUCUACGGUAAACUCAAAGUGAAAAUCAAUCUUUAAAGUACGAUUUUCUCGGUGGCUGUUAUUUGUUACGGUAGAUCUGGAGAAAACAUUUCUCUCUAUAAUUGUUUCCGUAGUCUUUGGUGUAUUCUUUCAGUGUAUUUCCAGUCAACACGUUGUUGCGGAGGAUCAUGAGGAGAACUGAGACAGAUGCGGUGAAACGAGUUCAAAAUCAUCAUCCUGAUCUCUGGAUUCGGCCCGUUUAAGAGUAAAACAGCGCUCUAGCUGAGAGGAAGGUUGACAAACCUUAUAUCUGUUGUUGCGUCUCAAAGAUCUUUAAAGCUGUGUUAAAGAACGUCGAAUGUAUUCCACUACAACAAUAGGAACAUGUGGUUGCAAGGAGGGAUUGUGUUUGCCUGGUGGUCGGUUUGCUUGAUGGUUAGAGGUGAGACUGUCACCCACAUGUGCCUUUCUGUCCUGCUGUGCUGGAAAGGGGAAAUUAAAUGUGGUUUUUCGUCAUAGAAAUUGAACAAAGGUAUGUGCGGUGCAUCCACUGCUCUGCGGCGGAAGCUCUGGCGAGCUGGUCUCCUCUGUUGUCGUAAGUUUUUGUCGUUGAGAACAUCAUUGCACAAAAAAAGUAAAGUCUUGUACAUAUCGAGCAUAAAAUGGCACUUUUAAAAGCACCGCCACGGUAUUUCAGCUGGUGCGUCUUAGAUUUCCUAGAGCUGCCACUCAAAAAAAAAGCACAACCAGUAACCAGUGUGCAAAACCUUAAGCAAUCUUAAAUUUAACACAUACAGCAUUUGCACUGAAGAAAAAAAUCAGUUGGAAUUUUUUCUGGUUUCUUAUAAUUGUCUUGAUUUUGCAAAAUUUCUUUUUAGAAAAUAAAUCACCUCACGUUUUCUCAAAUUUGUUAUCAUUUAACUGCUGAUUUUUGUUCUUUUCAGUGGCAAAUCAGUGGACGUUUUUAAGUAACUUAAAACUAAGUAAAUGAACUUAUAUAUAUAAAUAGGUGCUUUUAUUUGAUAUUGAUGAUUUUAAUAUUUUGAUAGGUUUUAAGUACUUUUUAACAAAUCUUAACUACCCAACAAACUACAGGACCAACACGCCUCACCAGGGCUGCUAUUUUAUGAUCCACAAUACAGAUCAGACAUUCCCCUGUAUGAUAUCUUAACCCCUCGAUGCAUGGACAACAGAUGCAUGUACAUAAAGGCGAUGGCUCUUUAACAAGCAGGGGGCCCGCCGGACCUCUGGCUCCAGUCGAUUUGAAUGUGAAGAUGCAGAUUUACCUUUACGUUCUCCGUGGAGGACUUUGAUCUCCUGGCUGCCUUGGUUCCUGUGCAUCAUGUGGUACAUCAGACUCAUCGCUCACAACAGGAGGUAACAACCGUACUGUUGUAGCCUGUAAUACAUCUGGACUGUGCGGGGAGGAAAACCAUCACAGUUUCUAUAUUUAGAUGACAAACAUUAUGAUUUUCUGUCCAAUUAAAAUGUCAGUAUGGUAAAAAUAAGAAGUGCUCAGUGCUGAUUUAACAAAGGUCCAUUAACGGCAUCUUUGAUAAAAAAGGGUUAACCCACUCUGUCAAUGCAUUCCUGUUUAAUACUGCUUCACUGUAAAGGUUCAUAAUAACAAACCAACACUACUCAUAUAUGAGCAGACACUCAAAACCCAAACUGCCAGACACUCAUGUCAAUGCAUUUAUACCUAUAAAGGAUUUCCUAUUAUUCACACCUUUUUCCAGACAAUGCUUAAUAUACACACUCUCACACAGCUGCAUUUUCGUGCAACAAAAAAAAGAAAAUAUAAAAUAUCUGUGGCAUUCAGACUUGUUUGCCGUGAAACAACUCAUCAUAAAGACUGUUGGAUUUCAGUGAGCCCUGCUUGUACGUGCAUGUGUAACUUUUGAGUUCUCCUGUAAUGUAAUAGCUGAAGAAAAUAUGCGACUUACCAUAGAAAUGCUAUUUUAAAAGAUGUAUAUUAAAGAAGUUAAGCUGUGUGGAACUAAGGAGGCACAUGUAGCCCUGGCUGUGAAGAAAAGACAGCCUUGUGAUCGUUUAUUUUUCUCCUUUCUGCUUCAUCUCUUGUUUUAAGUGCAAUAUGCUCUUUAUCUAUCUUUAAAUGCUUAAAAAAGGUAAAAAAAGAAAAAACUGAUUUAUUGUUGAAAAGGGAAAAAGUGUGGUGAAGACCAAUAAAAACAUC